AUUCUUAAAUGAGCUUUAAAAAUUGAAGCCCAACUUCAUCAAAUUACAGAUCAGAUCAGGCCGGCCCAACGAGCUUGACCCAUAUUAACGACUCUACCUUAUUUUUACAAGGGAAUAUUUUGUACCAACACUUAAAUAAAGGAACCUUUUUAUCACUUUUCCCCCUUUUUCUCCUUACAACCCCAAUGAUACACAUCAAACAAACAAUUCAUAGAUUCACAAUGACCAUAUCAAGAAAAGCACUAAAAACCACCCUUUCUCCUCCCUUACACCACCUCUCUACCACCCACCCCACCACCCCACCUUGGUUCACCCCACCCCCACCCCACCACCAUCAAGACCCAAUACUCAACACCCUUUCACAAGCCAUAAAAAACACCCCGACUAAACCCCUUCAAAUCUCCCUUAAACCCAUCCUCCCAUCACUUAAACCCCAUCACAUAAUCAAUCUCAUUAACCUUAAUCCUCAUUCAUUAACCCCUUCUUCCCUCCUCUCUUUCUUCACUUGGCUUUCAACUUUUAACAAUUCAAGAUUCACCCACACACUUCACACGUAUUCCACUAUGACCCUUUUUCUCUACACCCACAAAAUGCGCACACAAGGUCAGCUUUUGAUCAACACCAUUGUUUCAAGAAAAGGUAAGGACUCAGCCUUUACUGUUUUUCAAGCAUUCUUGAAAGCUAAAGGUACAAACUUUACAUGUUUUGUUAAUGUUUUGAGUGGAAUUAUUGAUGCUUAUUUGGAUUUGGGGUUUGUUUAUGAUGCUAUACAAUGUGUUAGGCUUAUUCAAAAGCAUAGAAUUAGGUUCCCAUUUGAAGGUUGUAUUAAGGUUCUUGAAUAUUUGAUGAAGUUUGAUUCACCAAUGGUAGCUUUUGAUUUUUAUAAGGAGAUUUUGGAAUAUGGGUAUCCACCAAAUGUGUAUUUCUUUAAUGUAUUGAUGAGUAAGUUGUGUAAGGAAGGUAAAAUGAUGGAAGCGCGGUCGGUGUUUAUCGAGAUGUGGAAGAGGAAUUUGAGGCCUAGUGUUGUUAGUUUUAAUAUUUUGAUUAAUGGGUAUUGUAGAUUAGGUGAUAUGGAUGGGGGGUAUAGGUUGAAAAGGGAGAUGGAGGAAAGAGGAAUUUCGCCUGAUGUUUAUACGUAUAGUGUGUUAAUUAACGGGCUUUGUAAGAGCGCUUGGAUGAGCGAUGCGAAUGAGUUGUUUAAUGAGAUGUGUGUAAAAGGUUUGGUUCCUAAUGUUGUUAUCUUCACGACUUUGAUUAGUGGUCAUUGCAAGGACGGUAGCGUUGGUUUGGCCAUGGACGUUUAUCAAGAAAUGUUGAAGCAGGGGGUGGAACCAGAUUUAAUAACGUAUAACACGCUUGUCAAUGGACUUUGUAAGAGCGGGGAUUUAGACGAAGCGAGGAAGCUCAUUCAUGUGAUGAUUGAAAAGGGUUUGAAGCCUGAUAAGAUCACAUAUACGACAGUUAUCGAUGGAUGUUGUAAGGAAGGAGAAUUAGAUGGAGCCUUUGAGGUAAAGAAAAUGAUGGUUGAUAACGGUAUUGAACUUGAUGAUGUGGCAUAUACAGCCGUUAUUACAGGUUUAUGUAGGCAAGGGCUAAUAGUUGAUGCAGAAAGGAUUUUAACUGAAAUGUUGAAUGCCGGUUUAAAGCCUGAUGACCCCGUUUAUACUGUGGUUAUCGAUGGUUUCUGUAAGAAGGGGGAUAUUAAGAUGGGUUUUAAGUUGCUAAGGCAGAUGCAAAGUAAUGGACCUGCACCGAAUGUAAUAACUUACAACGUGCUUUUGAAUGGUCUAUGCAGACAGGGACAAAUGAGAAACGCUGAAAUGCUAUUACAAGCGAUGCUUAAUCUAGGUAUAAAUCCAGAUGACAUUACCUAUAACAUUCUUUUGGAAGGGCAUUGUAAGCAUGGGAAUCCUGAUGAUUAUGAUAAGCUACGUGGUGAAAUGGGGCUUGUUCACGACUAUGCUACCUAUACUUCACUAGUUGGUAGCUUAAGUAGGAGCUCAAGACGUCAGCCCAAGAAGUCAUUCAUGUAAGACGAGAGCUCAAAUCAAUGAAACUGUGUGGGCUCCCCUUGCUCCCCAUUGGAAAUGAGUCUUAUGGUGAUCCAUGGAACUUCUAGAUGUUAUCAAGUAGCAUUGAGGACAGAUCAGCGGAAAUUUCUCCUGGCUUGUUUAUAAUGCUGUAAGAUGGAUGCCAACGAAUGCAAUUAUGGAUAAACUGAUGAAGAUAAUGUCAGGUUUUGAUGGCUUCUGAUGCCCUGUGUUGCCAGUGUAUUUACCUUUCAGUCAACGAGAACAAUAUGUACGCAGAUCUUACCCCUAGCUUGGAUGGUAGAGAGACGUAUUUCUGAUAGACCUUUCACUUGUUGAAGAAUUUUAGAACUGCAAUGUCGACAUGUCAAUGCACUUCCCUCUGGACAUGUGAAAGGUAUCUCACAAGUAGCUAUCCUUGAACCAGUCCAUCAACGUUGCAGUCUACUAUAGUUGAGAAAAAGGCCUAAAAAGUAUACUAGAGGAAGCAAGUACAUCGUUAGUCAGCAUCGAUGAUCUGGCACAAACAACAGAAACUACAUAAAUCGAACACGAGUAAGCUGAAGCUGUAACUUUCCAAGAUGACCUAUGCCUAAGUAUCCUUGUCUCUCUUAAUAAACAAGAUAAGCACACAGCAACGUGAUCCGAGCAGUUUAUUCGAGCUUUUCCUCGAAUGAACUGGUUGAAGUACAACACGGAUGGAUGGUGCAUGUCGAGGAAAUCCUGGGAAGAGUUCUUAUGGCUUUUGCAUACGCGAUGUAUUGGGUGAUCUUAUGUAUGCGCACUCCAACGAAACUUAUGCUAUUAUAUACAGACAUGAAGUUGUAAGCUAUUGCAAUUAGAGAGGCUCUAAAGUUUGAAAAAAGGGCAGCUCGGUGCUCUAAAGCUCCCGCUAUGCGCAGGGUCUGAGGAAGGAACUCGCCACAAGGGUGUAUUAUACGCAGUCUUACCUUGACAUUUCUGCAAGAGGUUGUUUUCAAGGCUUGAACCGGCUCUAAAGUAGUGUGAUGAAAAUAUUUAGAGGAUAAAAUGGAAGUUGGUGUAGUUUAUUUUGCUUACCAUUUUACUUUCCACUUAUACUAGAUGUCAUUUUGUAAUAUCUAAAUUUUAGCAAGGUUCUGGGUGGUGGGGCUGGGGUUCAGAUAUUCUGUGGGCCGAAAAUCAACCGACGUGUGCCAGGGAGGUUGGGGAGCGUUCCAGUGUGGUCCGUUCGGGUGAGUGGGGCCAUUUGGGUGGUCAAACGGGCGAAAUGGCGCGAACAGGUCAUUUUGUAAAUACUAAAGUUUGUCAAAGUCCAUGUUUGUGUCA